AUGCAAUGGUUGGAGUCCCCAAAGCGGGCUCAACUCCGCUUCCUAAUUUCAUACAAAAUGAGCGGCUUUGAAGUUGUCGGAAUUGUUCUAGGUGCACUUCCAUUGAUUAUCACGGCUAUUGAUCAAUAUCGAGUCAGCAAGAAGUUAUUUCAGGCGUUUCGGCACAAAGAACCCUAUAUCGAUCGGCUCCUCCAGUCCCUGAAGGAGCAGAAUUUCUUUCUGGAAUCUGACCUGUUCAUGACCUUGAAAGAAACCUUUGGUGAUCGUUAUUCCUUCCAGACAACCUCCAUCAUCUUCGAAAAUCCCGAAGUUGCUAAGGGGGUUCAAGAAUAUCUUGGUGACGGAUAUGAGCACUAUAUUGGCGCACUGUCGCGAUGCGAGCAAAUAUUGACCGAUAUAGUUGGGCAUAUCAAGGGUUUAGCAUCAGAAAAACAGAACCUUUCGACACUCAUUCAAACCUAUCCACGGAGGAACGGGACCUAUGAGUUGACCAAAAAGAUCAAGUUCGCUCUAGCAAGAGAUGAUUUAGAGAAAAGAAUCCAAGAUUUGAACGAUGCCACCAUGAUGCUACGUCGGAUUCGCGACUGUAGUCUCUCACGGACUGGAAUCGCCAUUCAAUCUAGAUCUUCAACGACCAAGAGAAGCACGUCUUAUUUUGAUACGAUUAGAAAGCAUGCCAGUCGUUUAUACUCGGCAAUUUCCACUGCAUAUGGGGGAAGCUGUCAUCCAGAGCAUGGAGCUCAUCUAUUCCUUCAAAGUAGGGCCGACUUGCUGGGCAGAUCAAGUUCCCGGAAUAGAGCCAUGGUUUUCACAAUAUCAUUUGGUCCUGUUGACCAUGCCAUCAUCACAGAAGUGAAAGUCGUGGAAGACUUAACCUCUCCUUCCAAGAGCUUUGGCAGCACUCGUACGACUCGUGUAUCUUACGCAGUUUCUGAUUCGAUUCAGCAACCUACGCUCAGCGUCAUACAAGAUUUAUGUCUGCAUCUUUCCAACAUAAUGGAUACAAACUUGCAACUAUCCGAGGACUGUCAGCUUUAUUACCGUCCAGGUCCCGAGACAAUAAUUCGACAACCUGCAGCGCCCGGUACGGUCUACUCACUCGAUCAAGUCCUCCAACCCACAUCUGCCAUGAAGCCACCCCUCAACUCACGAAUUGCUUUGUCCUUCAAUAUCGCAUCUUCAGUGAUGCAGUUGAAUUUCACACAAUGGUUUCAGUGCCCUUUAACAAGCAAUAUGAUCCGUCUUCUACCCGGAAAUUCCGAGCCAGGGCCGGGGAUUCAGCCAUAUAUCAGCCACAAGUUUUAUUCCUCUCCCUCCGACGUAACAUGCGCCUGCAAUGUUCGGCGAGUCAUGCUUGAGCUCGGUAUCAUUCUGCUUGAGCUAUGGCAUGCACAAACAUUUACCACAUACGCAGCGGGGGUUGGAAAGCCGCUUGAUGAGACUUUCGGAUUUCGAUACGACAUGGCGUGCAAAUGGUUGGACAUCAGUAGAGACCACAUUCUCCCAUUCUACUUGGAUGUGGCGACCAGAUGCAUCGAGUGUACCUUUGCCACUAGUACUGCAAGUCUGGACUGGAAUGAUACAGUAUUCCGAGAAUCAGUUUUCGACUAUGUAGUGAAGCCUCUGUGGGAGAACUGCCCGAAACCUAUUAAAUAG